UGUGCUGUUUUGGGAAGCGAAAGUGCUCAAUAAAAACCGCUUUUGACAGCAUGAAUUAAAGCUUCUAAAGUGCGAGAUAAAGUGAAAGCUUUAGAUUUAGUUAGAUUUAGUGUAAGCUUCGUUUCCACGCAUGUGUGACGUAAUAACCUGCUCUCUCUCUCUGAGUCCUGUCAGUGUGAUAAAUACGCAGAGGUGCAUGUUUACAGGCAGUUUCACUCACUACUUUCCCCUUCUGUAACAUUACUAUUCCUCUGGCUCUGAGGAAAGGAGUAACAGCAGGACACUCACACACUGUCAGACAGUUCAAGUAGUUUAAACUUAGAAACCAAAGUUCACCUGCUGCCUUAAAAACGAAUGAAGUGAAAGCGUAACACUGCUGAGGAGACACACCCAGCCCGUGACUGAGAACCUCUCUGGCGCAGAAGAAAUCCGCAGAUAAUGGCGGCACAAAGAAAAACACACUAACAUCCCAAGCUGGAAUAAACAGUCUCACGACAUCCAGACAUUCCCAAGCUGAUGAGCGUAGAGACGAUACCAAGCAGCGGACAGAAACAGAAAUAAAGAAGAGCGUUGCUGUUAGUUAUCCAGAAAUGUACAGAGUAGCUCCUGAACACAGCCAAGCUGAUGGUAGUUCAGAAAAUAUUAACACAGCUACUGAAGCAUCUCAAACAUCUGAACCAUCACAAGAAGAUGGUAUUGAAGAAAUGCCCAGAGGGGGAUCUGAUUGCUCCAGUUUCACUGCUGUGCUGUUUGGAAACACCUCUGCAGUCCACUUUGGAGAUGAAAAUAUACUACUUGGAGCAGAACAUGUUCCUCUAGAUCAGGCCCACAUCUCCAGAAAAAUAAAAGUGUCAGGAUGUGCAUUGUCAGUGGUCAACAUACUGGACUUACAUGAAGGUGAUCUGUACUUGGACCAUGUGGACCACAUCACUGGUCAGUUAGUUAAUGAAAACAACAUCCAGUCCUUCAUCUUUGUCCUGAAACUGGGACAAUUUACAGAUGAUGAUAAAAUGGGACUUGAAUGGCUGGAAAGAAAAUUUGGAGAACAUGCUCUUUCCUUUGUGAUGAUUCUGUUCACUUACGAGAGAGAGGAGGAGUGUGACACCAUCAUAGAUGACCUGAAGAACAACACUGUUCUAGAGCAACUGAUGAAGAAGUGUGGAGGCAGAUACUGCACAUGCAGCAAGAGCAUGAACAACCAAUCAGAAAUGAGAACACUGCUGGAGAAGAUUGAUGAUCUCUUCUCUCAGAACAAUCAGCGCUGCUACACUGCUGAGAACUACAACACAGAAUUAAAGUUUAAAGAACACCAGCAAGACACGGGAAGGCAGAAAGAUGACCGUAAGGUUCAACUACCAGGUGAGGAUGAAGAAUCUUUUGGCACCAAAAAGGAUGUAGAUGAACACAGAAAGGGACAAGCAGCAGAAUCUGAAGAUAAUCAGUCAAGAGAUGGACAAAACCAAAACAAGAAAGAAGAUAAUCUUAGAAAUGAAAACAUAAGACAGCUUUUCAGCAGACUCAAUCUUGAUACCCAACAUACACUGAAGACCAGUGAAUUUCUCAAAAUAACAGCAUCCUCGUUGAAAUGUCAUGAACCGUGUGAUGAAAAGGAUUUAGUUCACACUUACCUAUACGGGCUGAUCAUGAUGGACUACAACGCAAGAUAUAUCCCACUUAAACAACAAGUCACUAAAACCAACAUUCAAUCCAAAGCCAAAAAAUCUACAGAUAUAUUCGCUGUCCUCUUUGACAGUGAGACAGUGGGUAGUGGGGCAGUAGAGCAGCUCCAGAUUCACCCAAUGGAUAUUCAGAUGGCUGCUUUUCACAGUGCAGACAACUUUCUUCGACAGUUAAUGGUAACAAAGCUCUCACAAUGUCAGUAUGCUGUACCUCUGCUUGUGCCCAGCCCCACCACAGGGGAAAUUGAAUUUCCACUGUGGACUUUUCGGCAAAUUAAAAAAAGUUGGAAGUCAAAAGAUGAGACAGGUAAUACAACAAGCAAAUGCAAAUCAAUAGUUGGAGUAGAAACUCCAAUGGUGGCCUUCUUCAGAUUGGGAUCCGUGUCCUCAUCCAAGUCACAGCUGAUGAAUAACUUAAUCAAUGAUCGAUAUCAUACAUUUUUCGACAGGAACUGCCCCCAGGACAGCAAAACCAGACUUCUGAUGAAUGGAGUUGUUGAAAUUGCCUGGUAUUGCCCAUCUGGUAAGACUUCUGAUUGGCUUACUGACUGUGUUGCCUUCUGUAAUUUUCAUGGUGAUGCAGGAACCAAUACCAUCCAGUGUGAGAUUGUGACAAAAAUGUCCACAGUAAAUGUUGUCCUUAUAUCUACACAUGGUAAGGAUGAAAAUAAUAGGACAAUAAUUGAGGAGCUCUUAAAAUCCACAAAGCCUCUCAUUUUCCUUCUUACUGACAGUGACUCAGUUGCAGAGGAACUGGUGGAAGGGAAAUACAGAAUUGGUUUGAAAGAUAGAAGUCAAUCUGAUGUGGCUGAGGAAUUAAGAAGAACAAUCAAAGAAUGCAUAAAAUCAUCUACUUUUAAACUUGAGAAUGUUGCCAAACAGCCAAAUAUAGUUGUGGAUGAAGAGAAAGGAGAAUGCCAAAGAGCCAAGAAAGCAGCAAACCAGCUCAUGAGCCUGUUUAGCAAUGAGACUCUGCCAAAGAUCAAAGAAAAAUACUUGCCCUGUCAAGGAAAACUGUGGCAUGACUGGUGUCAAGAGAAAAAAAAACUCUACCGCUUAAUGGGACACCUAGAAAACCACAAAAUGUCUAUAAAACAGGAAAUGAAUAAAAUACGCAGUCAGCAGCAUAAAUUGAAUUUCAGCUGUCUUAUAAAACUUUUUCUUGAGAGGCUAAAUGCAUUAACAGAAAAUGAAAGAGUCUAUUUUCUGAAGUGGGUUGGAAUGCUACUGGACAGUUGCACUUCAGAUUGUCUAUCCUCACUUCAUCAUGAAUAUGAUGAACAAUGGUCCAGGGUGUUGGAUUUGAAGAAAAAACACAAUAUGUCACCAUCACUCAGUGAGCAACAAGAAAAACUUGAAAAAAUUUCCAAAGAUUUGAACGCUGCCACCUUUGGUGUAGAACACAUCCUUAGAGAAAUGGGGCAGGUUUACGAAGCCCGUAUGUCAGUACGAAGCACAGAAGUAACAAAUGAGGCAAAAUUAAACUUCUCCGCUCUUCCUCAGAUAGCUGCAGAAAUUAUAGUGACUGGAUAUCCACUGGAGAUAAUGGAUGGAGAUGCUGCUCAUGUUCCUCUGAUCUGGGUUUCAGCAGUUCUAGAUGAACUUGUGAAGAUACUGGGAGACCAGAGAGUGUUUGUGCUGUCAGUUCUGGGGAUUCAGAGCUCUGGGAAAUCCACCAUGCUGAAUGCCAUGUUUGGACUCCAGUUUGCUGUCAGUGCUGGAAGGUGCACCAGAGGAGCCUUCAUGCAGCUGGUCAGAGUGUCAGAGGAGAUGAAAGAAGAGCUGAAGUUUGACUACAUUUUAGUUGUUGAUACUGAAGGUCUGCGAGCUUUAGAGCAGGCUGAGAAGACAACCAUACAUCAUGACAAUGAACUCGCCACAUUUGUUGUUGGUCUUGGAAACCUGACGUUGAUCAACAUCUUUGGAGAGAAUCCUGCUGAGAUGCAGGACAUCCUUCAGAUUGUUGUUCAAGCCUUCUUGAGGAUGAAGAAGGUCAGACUGAAUCCCAGCUGUUUGUUUGUCCAUCAGAAUGUUGGAGACAUCACUGCUGGAGAGAAAAACAAGGAAGGAAGGAGACGCUUACAGGAAAAACUGGAUGACAUGACAAAGCUAGCAUCUAAAGAAGAAGAUGGUGAUGCUCAAUGUUUUAGUGAUAUCAUUUCAUUUGAUGUACAAAGUGAUGUUAGGUACUUUUCACAGCUCUGGGAGGGCAGCCCGCCCAUGGCACCACCAAACCCAUUAUACAGUGAAGAUGUUGAUGAGCUAAAAAGAAAGAUUCUGUCAAAAAUAUCCACAAACCGUGGUGUGACACUUUCACAAUUUAAAUCAAGCAUCAAUGAUUUGUGGAAUGCACUUCUAAAUGAAAAUUUUGUGUUCAGCUUUAGAAACACUCUAGAGAUUGCAGUGUACAGGAAACUAGAGCAUGAAUACACUAAAUGGACCUGGAGUCUAAGGAGUGCCAUGCUUACAGUUGAGAACAAACUGCUUAACAGAGUCAACAAUGAAAAAUCAAUGAGGAUUGAGGAAAAGGAUCUUGUGGCACAAAUGGCAGUGUUGAAAAAAGAAGUAGAUAAGGCAGUAGAUCACUUUUUCAGAGAGGACCAUGAUAAAGAUAUUUUGAUCCAAUGGCAGGAAAGAUUUGAAAGAAAAAUCAUGGAUCUUUACAGUGAACUUGUGGAAGUUGCAAAAAGAAAAUUAGAUCAUGUUUAUCAACAAAAAAUUGCAAGAGAGAAAGUUGAUGAAGAAAAGACAAGGUAUGAAAAUAAACUCUUCAAACUGAGUAAAGAGCUUGCUUUCAAUUUGAAAAACAACCAAACAGAUGGAAAUGCACUCGAGAACGAAUUUGAUGAUGUCUGGUCCACAUGGCUCUCUGAACUGACGCAGGAUGCACCCAUGGUUGGUGACAUUGAUGUUUUUGGAGAUGUAACAAAAAUUUUGUCUGAAACAUAUGAGCUGUCAUUUGUCUGUGAUCAGCAGAAUCUGGGCAGUUACAGAAAACUUGAUGCCUUAGGAGAUUACUCAGAUUAUGUUAUUUUCAAAAAGUCUCAAGAGCCCCUUCCACCAGAGGAGCACCUAUCAGAUGUAGACAUAAAUGUGGAUGAAAAUGAGAAAUCUGGUCGAUGGCAUCGUGCACGCAGCUUCUUCAGUAAUGCACGUAAUACGGUUUAUUCAGCAAUACAUAAUACAAUGACACAUUCAGAAAACAAGCUUACAACAAAUAUGUUAUCAUCAAAAGAUAACGAUCAAUUAAGAGCCCUUGUAAAUAAUGUAUUCCAACAAAGUAAGAAUGAAAUUCAGAGAAUGUCCAGUGCAGAGCUUGGGUACAAUCACAGCUACAUUCAACAAAUAAUUGAAUCUGUCAAAACCAAUAUAAAUGAACAUCAGCAGAAGGUAUCUUGGUAUACACUCAAGAAGGAAUUCACAGUAGACCUCUGCCUUCAUGUCUGUAGUUUUGCUGCUGACCAAUUUACCAAGCUUCACAUGAAAUUCAAGGAAGCUAAUAAUGUCAGACUCUACCUGAUAAAACAGAAGCCUCAGUACUUCAACAUCUUCAAGAAAUACUACAACGGUGUGACCUCGACAACAGUGUUUGGUGAAUUCAUUGUGAAUAAACUUGAGCCGUCUAUACUGCAGGCAGCAUACGACCAAACUGCCAUCGAUGUAGCCGAGAAAAUGAAACGUGACGUUCCAGCGUUCAGUGGAAACAGAUCAAAUCUGGAAAAACACAUUCUGACAUCACUAGCGGAAGAGGAAAACUUUGAGAACUAUAUUGAAUAUCUUCACAAGCCCAAAGAACAUUUCAGUCAUUUUAUUGCCAAGGAAGUAAAUAAAUACCUACUUAAAGACAAAUGUCAAGAGGUUCUGGAAACUAUCAAAACUAACAUAAAGUCUAAGGGAAGGUGUGUGAUGGACGCUGUCAAUAAAGCAACAGAAGACAUCAAUAAAAGAAGUGGAAACAUCGACAUGUGGCUGGAGUACUUCUCCAAAGAGCUGAAAGAUGAGCUUCAGUUCAAAGAAGAAUCAUGUCUUGAGCAGAAAGAAAUUACAGACCUUGGCUUUCUUCAAGAGGUUGUAAAUAAGGGCCUGACUGACACCAUGGCAAAGUUAUGCAGUGAAUUCAAAACCAUUUCUGACCUCAAACAGGAAAUGUUCAAGAAGAAACCACACAAGGUUCUGAUUGAACACCUCUGUCGAUGCUGCUGGGUUCAGUGUCCAUUCUGUAAUGCCAUCUGUACCAACACAAUGGAGGAUCAUGAUGGAGAUCACAGUGUCCGUUUCCAUCGCAACUGUGGAAUCAAUGGAUGGUCUUUCAUGUUUUCAGAAAACCUUGGAGUUGAUUUCUGCACAACUGCUGUUUCAAGUAACUUGUUCUUUCGUACAUCUGGUGGUGUGUUUGCUUUUAAAGAGUACAGAAAAGCAGGAGGAGAAUAUGCCAAGUGGAACAUCAGCCCUGACACCUCUGAGGUGCCCUACUGGAAGUGGUUUGUGUGCAGGUUCCAGGAAGACCUGGAAAAGCACUACAAGAGAAAGUUCACAGGGAAUGGAGAGAUUCCUCAUGAAUGGAGGGAUAUCACUAAAGAUAGAGCCAUUGAAAGCUUAAAUGAGUUAUAAUAGUUGUAAUUAGUGCUGUGACACCAUGGAUAUUUGAGAGGAAAACAGGAACAGCUACACCUAAUGUGAGAGAAAUGAGAACCAGAAUAAAUGUAACACAAAAAAAAUCAAACUCUCAAGAAAAGGCCUGGGACUGUCUUUCAUCAGUAUUUCCUGUUGAUGUGUUAAAUAUUGCUGAAUAGAGAGGUUACAUUCCUCAGUUUCAUCUGAUGUUUUAGAGUUUUAUUUCAGAGAACAAUAAAUUUCUUAUUUCUCUUCUAAAUGAUAAUAAUUAUGACUGCUAUACAUUUUAAUUUGGGCCUUACUUAGUAAAACUCUGUUGCUAUUACUACAUGCAAGACAUACUACACAUAUAAUUUCUCUUCUGCAUGCAUUAACUUCUCAAGAUACUGAACUGCUGUAUAAAAUAAAUUAUAUUUGUUCAAGAAUAUAAAUGUAUGUUUUUUUCCCCUUAUGGCUUUUCAUUUUUAACAUAUAACUAAUAAAAGAGCAAGUUAAACAUGUUAGCUGUUAGAAAUGUAAAUUAUAAUAGAUUAAGCUAGAGUACUGUCCAAAAGUUUUAGUUUGUCUUAGAUAAUUAUUUUGUUUUCUGCAUUAUUGGGUGAGGAAAAACAUUUCCAAUUUUCUAAACAUUACUUUCCCAACAAAGU